AGCAGAGCUAGCCCGGCUUUGAGUAGCCGUACCAACAUCAACGCAGCGUAUACGUGCACGGAGACGCUACGGACGGCUAGCCGAGACCCCACGCUACGACAUAGCAAGCGCUGCGCGCGCGCGGCGCACCAUGGCCGAAGUACAGAGCUCCAGCCGGAGCCAGCAAGCGUACGCCGCCGGCGCCGUCUAAACGCGACGCGGUGCCUUCCGAGCGGCCGCAAUCGAAGCGCCGCGCCCCCGCGCCGCUGCCGCGGCACGGGACCGCGGCCCGACGCCUCUUUGAGGUUCUGGCGUUCUGACGGGCCCGACGUCGAAACAGCAAAGCGCGCCCGCCGCGCGCCGCGGCCGCGCGUGCGCCUCGCCAUGCACGGCGCGCGUCCCCCGACACGACAUCGAUACGAGAGAGUCGCUCAUGCAAACACAAACCGCAAACGCGACGCGCGCCGCAGGCCCAAAGAUUAUUUCCUGCAACAGUUAGUUGGAAAAGGCGUCCGGGUCGACCCGAAGCCUUUGAGUUUCAAGAAUCCCGACUCGAAGAUCACGUGCGUCGCGCUGAAGUACCGAACGACGGACGAGCUCCCUGAAAUGUACGACAAGCCUCUGCUGAAGCUCAUGUACGAGGGCUCGCUCGAGGAGAUCCGCGAGAAGGUCGCCCCCGAAUCGAGGGUCGCGAACGCCCAGAACGCGAACGGCGAGACGGUGCUCAUGAAGUGCUGCCGACGGGCGCUGUACACGACGUCGCGGAGCCCGCUCGCCGUCGUCUCCCUACUCCUGAAGAGUGGCGCGGACCCCAUGGUCUGCUGCGACAGCGGCAAGAACGUCUUGCACGACCUGUUCUGGUCGGCCAAACCGCCGCCACCCGACGUCCUGGAAGCGAUGGAGACCAUGGUCGACAUGCUCCACGAGUCGACCGGCAAGGAGGGCCUGCUCGAGCUCAUGCUGAGCGAGGACAAGCACGGCUACACGCCCUUGGACUAUGUGGUCCCAGAACAGCAGCCGAACUGGCGGAAAGUCGUCGACACCGUCGUGGCCUGGGCGGCGUCGGAUGCGGAGCACGACGAGGCCUUCUCCUGUGUCACGGGGCCUCCUGGCUCGCAAGGUUCUUCUCAGACCUUGUCCGAGAGAGUGGUGUCGAAUCUAGAACUCGUGACGGAGGCCGGAAGUACGGUGGCGGACUUCAUGCGCGACAUGGAGCCGGCCGACGUGCGCGUGGUCGCCCAGUUGUGCGCGAGAAGGUGCUCGUUCCUGGUGAGCGAUUGCAGCGAUCCCGACGCGGCCAUUAUUGCCGUGUCGCCUGCUUUUGUCGAUAGAACGGGCUACGAGCCGGAGGACGUGUUGGGGAGGAACUGCCGGUUCCUCCAAGGUCCCGGGACGUCCGUGCAGCAAGUAGAUCGCAUCCGACGAGCUCUAGCUACUCGUAGUACGGCGGACGUAUCCUUACUAAACUACAGGAAGGACGGCACGACCUUCACGAACAGAUUCUUGCUCACACCGCUACGGGCCGCAGGGCAAGUUAGGUACUACGUGGGCAUCCAGAACUGCCCCGACGUAAUUGCUGAUGAUCGCCGGCGAAACGUCGCGCGCCUGCGCCGCGAGGGCAUCGACGCGGGCGGCUGGAUCGACGACGAGGACGAGCCCUCGACGUCCGCGAAGCGGGGCGCGCCGUCUUCCCCUGCGGCGCCGGACGCGAAGAGGCGGAAAGAGGGCUGCGCCAUCUGCUGAGUUCGUUCCCCCUUGUCCUAACCUUCCUCGUAUCG